AUGUCAGAAUCUGUGCGAAUACGCCAGUUUGCGUACACAGUCCGUUUCUUAUCUACCUCUCGACUGCUUCUCGGUUCACAGUUGAAGUUGAAAUUGGACAAACUAAACCGAUACAAUCUGAUUAUUAACAAGACUCCUAAAGAGUUGAAACGGGUGGAGGAAAAGAAGAGAAUCAAGCUGAAAAAGUUACAGAAGAAAGCCUACCCCAAGUACAAGGCUGAACAAGUGCUAAGAAAUUUGCGAGAAACUGAGUUCAGCGAGCAAGAUACGGGUAAAAUUGAGUUUGGACCGACGACCAACAAAGACCUUAAAUAUUUAUCACAAACCAGCGAUAAGCGACUACUCUAUGCCAUUCUCGGUAUCACUGGGGAACAACUGAGAGACUCAAAGCUAGUAUACAAUGACGUGAAAAAGUUUCUUCAACGGGACCAGAUAGAAAAGGCCCUUUUUUUAACCAAGUUAGCUAAGGGGAAAGGUCUAGCUGCUAUGAACCUGAUCAUGGAGCACUACUUGAAAAAAAUGCAUUCACCAAACUCAGCUUUGGAGCUGUACAAUUGGAGGAAAAAGUCUAAAGUCCCUGUCAACGAGUACACACAUACCAUCUUAUUUGACGGCAUCGCCAAGCAGCCUGAUCUUGUUUCUGCAAAAGUAGGUUUCAAAGUAAGCAAAAUUGCCGAAAGGUUGAUGGAAACAGGUUGCUUAAACCAGAUCGAAUUCAAUGCCGCCUUGGGUGCCUUGUCGAAUUGUGAAGAUCCCAGUUUUGCACUAAAGCUGUUCAAUUCAGCUCAGGGCAACCCUGAAGCAAAGCAUUUAAGGAACAGUGCAAUCACUUUCAUGUGGUUGGCGCGGUGCUGUAAUCAAAUUAAGGAUGACACACUGUUUGCUGAUGUUGUAAAAAACAUUGUACUGUCAGUUCCCAGACGAUGUUGUGACGAGAGACUAAUGAUUGAAAUUUGCAAAAUAUAUUUGUCUCGAACCCAAAAUAAGAACAUACAACUUGAAGGUCUUGUUGGCUUUCACAAAUAUUUCGAUAUCCCAGCUGAGGUGACAGCACCCAAUUUACCUACAGAGACCACUCUUCCCGGAUUAUCACACUGGGGACUCUCAACCAAAUUCUCCACUACCAGCCAAGUGCUAGACAUAUAUUUGAAUGCUUGUUUUGAUUUAGGGCUUUUGAAGCGCGGGAUUAAGCUUGCGAAUUAUUUCAUUCAGAAAAAGCCGGCAAUAGUUGAUAUGAAUAUCUUCCACACCUACUUGAGAUUCAUAAUAAGUGAACAUCCAACCAACUGCAUUAACGAGUGUCUUGAAGUUUACCAAAAAAUGGACACCAUGGGAAAGCGGUUCAGUUCAAAGCAUACAUUAGUUCUGCUGUAUGAAGCAUUUAAAAAACAGUCCAAUAAACAUAGUGUAAACAAAGAUUCGGUAAAGGUGGAUACCGUUAUAACACAACUUAUUGAAUUUAUUGAGUCAAAAGAAGCGAUCAUGAUUUCAGAUAAAGAUACAAAAAUAAAAGUUUAUCCCAGAAAGACAUGGAAAUUUGUGUUCCAUAUUUUUAAUAAUCUCAAUACUUGUGGUAAAGUGGGCAUUGAGAAGGAAGAACUGCUACUUAAAAAGUUCAUAGAAUCGUUGAAAUCCGGCCAGUUCGAUAUUGCAAAUAUACCGAAAGCGGAAUAUCCAACUGAAAAAUAUAUCGAAUUAGAAACUGUAAGAUUAAUCGGGGAUAUCAUGGAUAAGUUGGAACUGAGUGAUAUCAAGUUAAAGCUUGAUGAGAAGCUGAAAGCUUCAGAACGAAAAGCGUUUCUACGCAGAAGACAUCUUUUGCAGUUAAAAUCUGCUCUGCUCAAACAUAUCUCCAUAUUUGAAGUAGCAAACACAGAAUCAACGAAAAUCCCUGCGAUAGAAUUGGACAUGAAGCAUGCUGCCGACAUUGCGAUUCAAGAUUAG